CUGGAGGAGCUGUCCACCAGUACGGUGCUGAAGUGUGUCCGACACAGCGCUGCUGCACGGUAUAUCAAGUAUCUUAGUGUCUCACAAAUCAAAGGAUGCACUGGUCAAUGAACACACUGCCCUUGCCUCCAUAUGUUGAGCUGGGUGUCCACUCAUUGAGUGGCCUUCUGUGGACUCUUCUGCUACUCUUUCUAUGGCACUGUUAUCGGAUGGGCUCCGACCUGCCAAUCCCAGGCCACACACACGCUGGAAAGCUCAAGUCAGGCUCAAGGCGGUCCAUGAUGUCCCGUGGUGGUAGCUGCGCUGGAACAAAGUGUAAUGCACGGUCCAAGCUGUCGAGAAGUGAUCAAAUUACUCCCUUUAUUUCCAUGGAAACAGAGGAGGAUGAGGAGCAGGGACAGGGCUACCUCACCCCAGUGCUGAGUCAUGCCUUGUUCCCAGCCCAGGCAUCUGCAGAAGCCAAGAAACUCUACGCAGCACUGCAAGAGUAUGCCAAGCGCUACAGUUGGGUGGGCAUGGGCCGCAUUCAUAAAGGCCUCCGUGAGCAGGUCAGACUGAAUGAUCACUCUGCUAUACAGAAGCCUCAUCUAUUCUUCUUACCAGAUGUCCCAAGUGUUCCUUUCUUCCCACGAGAUGCUCAUCGACAUGACAUUGAAGUGUUGGAAGCCAACUACUCUGUAAUUUUGGCUGAAUUCAAGGCUGUAUACCAGAGGGGUAUCGACUCCAAACUAGGCUGGACCUGUCUGGGACCAAAGGGCCAGGCAGUGUUUCCUUUGUACAGUGCAGGUGUCUCUGUGGCAGGAAACUGUCGCUCCUGUCCCCGCACCUAUCGGACACUUCUCUCUCUACGUACGUUCAUAAGCAGCAACUCAUUGGGAUCUGCUGGAUUUUGGCUGUUGGGGCCCGGAGCUACACUGGGGAGCUCAUACGGACCCACAAAUACACGCCUACGUUGUCAUCUUGGUCUGCAGACUCCACCCCUGUGUGAGCUGGUGGUGGGAGGGGAGCCUCAGUGCUGGUCAGAAGGACACUGCCUCCUGGUUGAUGACUCGUUUCUCCACACUGUCUCCCACAAGGGGCCUCCAGAUGCUGGACCCCGAGUCAUUUUGAGUGUGGACCUCUGGCAUCCAAAUGUGGCUGCAGCAGAGAGACAAGCUUUGGACUUCAUGUUCAGCCCUGACCUCUGACUUUGCACCUGCCAAUAUUACCAAUACACAACAUGCAGGGGUGCCUUACCUUAGCCCUGUUUGCUGUGGGUCAUACAUCUCAUUCCAGUCGAUGAAUCACUGUGUGAAUCUGCCCUAAGAAUUACACAAGCCAUUAGCCACGCUUUCAAGUGAUGUCUGAUGUAUGGUCUACACCAGGAAGUGCCACAGGAGUGCAUUAUUAUGGAUGAUGUCAGAAAAUGCUAAAUGUUAGUCAAUUUGAAUACAAGCAGACAUCACUUGAAAGCAGAAUGAAAUCUAACCUAAGAAGAGCAGAUCAGGUGUUAACUAUUGUAAAUCUAAUCUUGACAUCAUAUACUAUGCUCGUGAAUGCUAUUUGCAUGCAAAACCUAUCUGUCCUGUUUACUGGACCUCGCUUUGAGCUGCUCAUGUAUGUGCACGAGUGCAUGAGUCAGCCUGGGAUGCUUCAUUUUGAAAUGUAGGUAGAUUACCUAUGGCUCAACCAAAAAACUGUGAAAACCUGAUAAUCGUAUAAAUGUAAAUUACAAUUUAUUUUUGUUCUACAAAAUUAUUGCCAAACAUAUAUUAAAGGUUUAGUGUGUAGGAUUUAGUGGCAUCUAGUGGUGAGGUUGCAGAACUGAAACUUCUCCUGUGUGUGUGUGUGUGUGUGUGUGGGGAGGGGGGGGGACUACA